UCAUGUCGGUGAGACAGGCUGUGCUCCGGGGGCUGGCUCUGGGCCGGUCCUUCCUCCAGCGGGGUCUCCUCACCCCCGCCGGCCGAGUCGCAGCGAGGCCCCGGGGGGACCGGGUCGGUCCCGCGGCCCGCACCGCUCAGCUGCGGUCCUUCCUGCCGGCUCGGUACCGGUUCUUCCGCAGCUCCGUGCGGGGCCUGGCCGCACAGCUCCAGGCCUCCGCCCUCAGGAGGAGGUUCAUCGGCGGCUUCCCCAGGAACAGAGCCGUGUUCCUGGCGUUCGGUUUCGGCGUGGGACUCAUCGAGCAGCAGCUGGAGGAGGACAGGACGACUGUGGGAACCUGUCAGGAGAUCCAGGCCGUGUUCAGAAAGAAAAGAUUUCAGACGCCAACCAAGCCGUUCACCUCUGGAUAUCAACUGAAGGAUUACAUUAUUGGGAACCAGGUUGGGAAAGGCUCCAAUGCGGCUGUGUACGAGGCUGCGGCUCAGUUUGCGAAGGAGAGUGACGGCCAGCGCUCGCUGCUGCAGCUGAGAGACGAUGAGGAGGAGGAGGAGGAAGGAGAGAAAGGUCGUUCUCUGACAUGCUGCUUCCCCCUGGCUAUCAAGAUGAUGUGGAACUUUGGGCCAAGUUCAUCAAGCGAGGAUAUCUUAAAAUCCAUGUCCCAGGAGCUGGUGCCUGCCGGGCCUCUGGCCUUAAAGCAGGAGAAAGAACAAAUCACUCUGGAUGGGGACUUUGGAGUUCUGCCUAAAAGAGUGUCGGCACAUCCUAAUGUGAUCACAGUGUACCGGGCUUUCACAGCUGACGUUCCAUUGCUCGCAGGAGCCCUGGAAGAGUAUCCAGAUGUGCUGCCACCCAGGCUGAACCCGAACGGUCUGGGCAACGAUUGCACUCUUUUCCUGGUCAUGAAGAACUAUCCGUGCACGCUGCGACAGUACCUGGAAGUGUCCACGCCAGGCGGCAGGCCGGGCGCCCUGAUGGUGCUGCAGCUGCUCGAGGGCGUCGACCAUCUGUGCAGACAGGGCGUCGCUCACAGGGACCUCAAGUCAGACAACGUGCUGUUGGAACUCGACUCAGCUGGUUCCCCUCGUCUAGUGAUUACUGAUUUUGGCUGCUGCCUGGCCCAGAGGAACUCCAGUCUGCAGUUGCCCUUCAAAGGUCCGGGGGUCAGCAGAGGGGGGAAUCCUUCGCUCAUGGCGCCUGAGGUGAUCACUGCAGUUCACGGAUCUGAUGUGGUGAUUGACUACAGCAAAGCAGAUGCGUGGGCCGUGGGCGCCAUCUCCUACGAGAUAUUCGGCCAGCGCAACCCGUUCUAUCGACCAGCGGGACUGGAGAGCAGGAGCUACGAGGAGAAGCAGCUUCCUCUGCUGCCCUCUAGUGUUCCAGUCGCUGUGCAGCUAGUGACCCGAUUACUCCUCAGGAGGAACCCGAGCAAGCGCCCCAGUGCCCGUGUGGCAGCCGACAUGCUACAUCUCAGCCUCUGGGGGCAGGAGGUGCUGGCUGACCAGGGCAGUGCAGGCAUGAAGGAGUUGGUUGAUUGGCUGCUGUGCCAAACUGCUGCGGUUCUCCUGAAGGGCUGCAGAGGACCCAGGGGGAGGAGCGUGGAGGCGGAGCUUCAGAGGAGCUUCCUGUCUAACCUGGAGCUGGAGGACCUGCGCACUGCUGUGCGCUUCCUGCUGUACGGACAGCGUCCGGCCAUGAUACUGUCUGCAUAGAUACACACAAACUCAUAACUUCAUAAGGAUAGACUAC